GGAGCCUAUUUCAUUCACAGCCACAUUCUGGAUUACUACGAUAUCUGCAGAGAAGCUCCUUCUUCGGAGUCUUCGGACGAAAACGCAGAGGAGGAGUGCGCCCCCCACCCGCUUUUUUUGACAAAAAAAACAAUGAAAAUGCCAGCGGAAGAAAUCAUCAAGGAGGGAGACCUGGAGAAGAGGAGCGACAGCUUCCUCCAGUUCUGGAAGAAAAAGACGUGCGUCCUGACCAAGGACAGCCUCAAUAUGUACGCGGACGUAAAGCGCUCCAAGGUCAAAGAACUCAAGCUGCAGUCCAUAAAGAAGGUGGACUGUGUGGAGCGCACCGAAAAGUUCAUGUAUUUCACCAUCGUUACCAAAGAUGACAAAGAGAUCGACUUCCGGUACUCCGCGGAGCAGACCUGCUGGCACGCGGAGAUCACCCUGGCCCUGAUUAAUUACCAGAACAGAGAAGCCGUCCAGGACUUCAAGACACGGCAGGACAACGAGAGCGCAUCGCCCGGACAGGAGAGGCGCAUGGCCAGGGCGCCUUGAACCGCUCCAAGGCGCAGGAUCGGAACUGCUCCAAAUAUGAGUCUACAUGGACCAUUGAGAAAAAUGGGAAAACGGAUCAACGGAAGCCUUGAUCAUCCGGUCCAGAGAUGAAGGACUGUUCGGGACUGAGCUCCCUCAGAGACGGGACAGCUGAUCCAAAUCGACACACGAACUUUUAGAAGCUCAAAGUGGACUGAACUGUCAGAACUAUUUCAUGUUUACUCUUCAUAGAGAAAUGGUGCCUGAAAUCAUGUUAAUUUAUUUUUGUUUCCAGAAUCUAUGGUGUUACUGGUAAACUGCUUGUGUUUAAAUUAUUUUCUGCUUAAAUGUGUUUAUUUAAAUAAAUAUCUAUUUGCUUUUGCCAUAACUCCA